AUGGGGAUCCUAAUAAAAAAUGUUAGUUUUUCUCUAAGCCUGUCUUUGACAGCAUUGAGAAUUACAGGUUUUUGGGCACCCCAAAAUUUGGAAGGGGCUGAAAAGUUACUCUAUGAUUUCUACGGCUUCAUUUCAUUUAUGUUUCUUUUGGGAACCUAUCUCAUCAUUCAAAUCGUGGACUUGUACCUCAUUUGGGGAAACCUCCCUGCGAUGACAGCAACAGCAUUUCUGCUGUUUACUAAUUUCGCACAUUCGACUAAGAUAUUCAAUAUAUUUAUGAGAAGAAAGAUUAUACAAGCAGUUAUUGAUGACGCUGAUACUGUUCUUCGCGAAGAAAAGAGUUUUGAAGGGCAAAAAAUUGUGAAAAGUUGUGACCGGGAAUCUCGUAGGCAGCAGCUCCUGUUUUUCGUUCUGACCUUCCUGACCGUCGUUGGUUGGGCUACCAGUGCUGAGAAAAAUAAAUUGCCUCUACAAGCAUGGUACCCUUACAACACGAGCAAAUCACCAGCCUACGAAAUGACAUACCUGCAUCAAGUGUUAGCGCUGUCCUUAGCCGCGUUCCUGAACGUCAGCAAGGAUACCCUGGUGACGACGCUUAUAGCGCAGUGUCGGUGCCGGCUGCGUCUCGUGGGACUGUCUUUGAGGAAUUUUUGUAAUGAGUUGCAUCCUAUAGGCGGGGAGACCUCAAUCAGAAUAUCUCGGUCACCAUCACCAAAAACCUUUAUGCUGACCCAAGACCAGGAAAUCAUAGUGAAGCAGAGGCUCCGUUGCUGCGUGGUUCAGCAUCAAAAGACGUUGGACGCUGCUGAACAAUUACAGCGAUGCUUCUCUGAACCAACCUUCGUGCAGUUGACCGUGUCGUUGGUUAUUAUAUGCGUGACGGCGUUUCAACUGACUGCGCAAACAAGUAAUCCAAUUAGAUUGCUUUCAAUGGGCACUUAUCUGCUGAACAUGAUGUUUCAAGUGUUCAUCUAUUGCUACCAGGGCAACCAACUUUCAGUAGAGGCAAGUCAAGUAGCCGGCGCAGCGUACGAAUUUCCCUGGUACUGUUGCAGCGUGCGCAUCCGUCGAACCGUCAUCAUACUGAUGAGGAGGUGCCGCCGCGUCACCAAGCUCACUGCUGGUGGCUUCACCACUCUUUCUUUGGCUUCUUUUAUGGCAAUCAUAAAAACAUCAUAUUCACUGUUCACGCUGCUCCAGCAAGUAAAAAGGAUAAUGUCUGAGAGCGUAAAUUUAUCCCUCAAAAUUUCUCAGGUAAUUUUUAAUGUGUUUGGACUAUGGUGUCCAAACUAUUUGACAGGAUUUCUGAAGCAAUUGUAUAACUUAUAUUCUAUUGUAUCAUUGAUGUCUCUUAUUGGUACCUACAUUAUCGUGCAAGUCGGAGACCUCGUGCAAGUGUGGGGCAACUUGCCGUAUAUGACUGGCACUAUGUUCCUGCUCUUCACCAAUCUGGCUCUUGGCACUAAGGCAUUAAACGCGAUGUGGAGGAAGAAGGUGAUUCAGGACAUGCUGGCAGAGUCUUACCGAGAGCUGUCGGGUGAAAGGAGAACGAAGGGUCUGAAAAUUGUUAAAAGUUGUGACAAUGAGACAACGAGCCAGCUCUGUCUGUAUUUUGGAUUAUCAAUAAUAACAAUAUCUGGUUGGGCGGCGAGCGCGGAGAAAAACCAACUGCCCUUACGAGCCUGGUAUCCGUACGAUACUUCUAAGACGCCAGCCUACCAAUUGACUUACGCUCAUCAGUGCAUCGCUGUAUUACUUGCUGCCAUUAUCAACAUAUGCCUGGACACGCUGGUGACGUCACUAGUGUCGAUGUGUCGCUGUCGCUUGAGGCUGCUCGGAUUGUCUCUGGAAACACUGUGCGAUGGAUUAGACAUUGAUGAUGACGGUCGCUUGACUGUAGCAAGUGACAGAACGGUAAGAGUUCACCUGCGCCACUGCGUGGUCCGCCACCAAGCCGUGCUGGCGCAAGCCAAACUUCUGCAGAGGUGCUUCUCGAUGUCGCUUCUGGCGCAGUUCUCCGUAUCGAUGAUCAUAAUAUGCGUGUCUGCAUACCAACUUGCAUUCGAAGCUACGAAUUUGGUUCGUGUAAUAUCAAUGGUGGCUUACUUGGCGGUGAUGAUGUUACAGGUGUUCAUAUAUUGUUACCAAGGAAACCAACUUGUCGAAGAGAGUGCAGCAGUUGCCACAGCAGCCUACACAUGUCCCUGGUACACGUGCAGCAUCCCGGUGCGUCGUUCGCUGCUGCUGGUGAUGACUAGGACUCGCCUCAGCACCAAACUCACCGCCGGUGGCUUCACGCAGCUGUCCUUGGCCACUUUUAUGGCAAUUAUAAAGGCGUCAUACUCAUUCUUCACGGUGCUUAAACAGGUGGAAGAACCAUGA